CCGGCAAACCAGUUCAACAAGUGCCCACCAAAGAGAUGGACCGAUCGCAGCAGUUGUUCUUCGUUGUUUCGGUUUCGGUUUUGCUAUUCAUUGGCCAGGCCAUUUCUGAAGAUGCGCUGUUUGGCUACAAGGAAGAUCCCGAGGACAAUCCGUACCGGUUAAAUGCAAAUAAUCGCACCCCAGUUUACAUCCCCGGCCGCUGCGGCCUCAACGAAAUCCUCUACCCGGGCGACCAAGCCGUCGAUUGGGUGUGCGAUUGCCGUCCCGCCCACGUGUACCACCCGGCUUCCGGUGGCUGUUACGCCCUCUUCACGCAAGCGUACUGCGCGGCCGGUGAGUUCGUCGAGAUCCCCCCGGGCGACAAACUGCCCCGCUGCACCAAGAACCCCUGCCCGGAGAAGCAGGUCCAGUUCCGCGAAAAGUGCGUCACGCUCAAUCGCAACAACGAGGGCACGUGUCCGACGGUGCAGCACAUUCGGCACGUGGUCGGCGUGAACGAGACGACGCUGCAGCUGGACUGCCUCAGCUACGGCACGAUUGACCUUAAGCGGCCCCAGAAGCAACGGGUCGACGUGAUGGAGGACCACAGCGACGAGAUGGCCAUGCCGAACUUGACCAAGAUUAACGACGUCGUGCUGGCGAACAUGGAGGGACAUUUGUUCUUUUUGACCGCGACCAGGUGUGCGAUCGGAUCGGCGGCACACAUGAACGGGACUUGUACCAAUUAGUUUUGAUUUUUGUGGGUCCAUUUCGUAGCAUCGUUGAUUGGAAGGCACGUCGACAGGGAGUCGUUCUUUCGAAAUAAACCCACUUUUUUAAAGCUCUCGUAAUAAAAACUAAAAACUA